AUGAUUUUUUAUAAACUUUGCGUUUUGCUGUUUUCUGUUGAGGCGAGCAGAAGCAGAAGCAAACGAAGAAGCUCCAGAAGAAUCCGAAGUACGAGUUUCGAUCCAGAGCUGCAGCUCAGUAGAGAAUUGAAGAACAGUUUGACAAUUUUCCUCGACAGAGAAUAUGAAUUAGGAACAAUUAAAACGAAACCAUCAUCAGAUGAAUUCGACUGGCGCUCUAUCAACUCGUUGAAAGAAUUUCUUUCUGAGAAGGGACGACUUCCAGUCAACGAUCUUUUCAACUCGCUGAUGAUUGGAACUCUUCAAAACUUCAUGUACGACCUCAGAAUCUACCCCGACGCGAAGCCAUGCGGUAUCUUUGGCACCAACACAAGGGAGUCGCUACAAAGGUUCUUGAUGAUGCAAGAUUCCGCGAGGAAAUCUAAGCACCGCGUUACGCCAGGCUCGAGAUUCGGCUACAAUUCGAUAGGACUCUUGCAAGACUUCUUGAAGGACGAAGGUUAUCUAUCACCAAGUUCAGUUUCAGGCGGAUGGUCCUCAGCCGUCAUCAAAGCUUUCCGACAGUUCCUCCACGACCAAGACGCGCGGGUUGCGUUCACUCGUGACUUCAACGACAAAUAUAACUCCAAGCCAGGUCGAUGGGGAUACAAGACCACAAUCGUUCUGCAACAACUUUUAAUCGACAACGGCUACCGCGUCAAACACCUCGACGGCAGAAUGAACAAGAGCAUAAUUCGCUCAUUGGAGCAAUUUUUAGAACAGAAGAACAAAGUCAAGCAGCAUUAG